ACAUGAUCAGGGGCUGCAGUGAAGAGUUAACAGUACAGGGUGAUGGAUUGGAUCCCUUAUAAACAUUGUGUUUGGAGGCUCGACCAGAGCAUUCUCGCUAUACUGCUUCCAAUUAAGUGGACAGGCACUAAGAAAGCUUAAAAAAAACACACUGUGCUUCUCUCGUCAAAGUUCCUCAUUUCUUGGGUUGGUGUGUUUAGGAAAAAAGGAAAGGAAGCGUUGGGUCUGUUCUUUUUUUUUCUUCCUUUCCCUCCUCGUCCUGCGCCAGUUGCAAGAGAGAGUGUGAUUGAACAAAGCGUACGAAUAAGCGUGGAGUUCACUGGCCUUCUCUCACAUCUCUUCCUGCCGUACUUGGCAGCUCUUCUCCUGGAUCUCUGUGGUGUCUCUUCUCCGUGGGAUGCAUUGACAGUAAUCGGAAGGCACCAUGCUCCAGCUCAGACCCAGGUUCAGGCUCCUACCGCUGCUCUACCUCUGCUUCGUCUUCUUCCCCCUUCCAGCCAGAAACCAGACCGCCGGCCACCGAGGAGGAACAGCAGCAGGAAGGAGAGGAGCUGAGCGCAUCAAGGUGCUCUUCACCCCGACCGUCUGCAAGGUGCGCUGCACCCAGGGACGCUGCACCAACUUUUGCGAGCAGGGCAAUGUGACCGCUCUCUACAUCAGUGAACAGGGGGACCGGGCUGCGGUGGGACCGGGCUUCAGAGUCUUCCUGUGCCCCAUGUUGUGUCAGAACGGAGGGGUCUGCAUCCAGAAGGACCGCUGCCUCUGCCCACCAACCUUCACCGGCAAGUUCUGCCACAUCCCCGUGGCCACGCCCUCCACCAAUGACAUUGAGAAGCCUCCGCGCAGCCCCUCGGUGCUGGCCAGUCAGCAGCUGCUGACCCAGUCGGAGUACAUUCUCCCCCUGCAGAGCCAGCAGCAGAGCCACAGUCAGCCCAGCGGUGCAUCUGGCUCAUCCAUGGUGAAGGUGCGGGUGCAGCACCCACCAGAGGCCAGCGUGAAGAUCCACCAGGUGCUGAAGGUGGGCUAUGGGCCAGACACGGUUCGGGAGCAGUCGGAGACGGUGACCUGGUCAGCAGGCCUCUCGGGGGCCAGCACCAGUGUUCUGCCAGGGGAGAGGGCCGCAGCCACACCACCUAAACCCAGAGUCCAGGCCCAGACCCUCCACGGUAACUCCACCUACACAGAAUCUUCUGUGUUCAAGUACUGCUUCAGGGAGGUCCACAACGGCCAGUGCAGAUCACCUCUCCCAGGACUCAGGAGUCAGGACACCUGCUGCAGAGGGAUUGGACUGGCCUGGGGCAUCAACGAGUGUGUCCUAUGUCCCCCUAACACAGGAAAUGGAGUCGAUGGGAGCUGUCCGGCUGGAUUUGAGAGGAUCAACGGCACCCAGUGUGUUGAUGUUAAUGAGUGUUUGCAGCCAGGCUUCUGUGAGAACGGGAACUGUGUGAACACUCGGGGGAGCUACAGUUGUGUCUGCAGGCAAGGAUACAUACUGGACGCCUCUCACGGGAUCUGUAUCUCCCAUAAGGUGAUCUCGGAGGAUAAGGGCCAGUGCUAUCGUAUCCUGAGCUCUGGCUCUGGCCCUGGUAGCUGCUACGUGCCUAUCCUUAGGAACAUCACCAAGCAGAUCUGCUGCUGCAGCCGCGUGGGCAAGGCCUGGGGCAAGAACUGUAAGAGGUGUCCCUACUUUGGAUCAGUUGCUUUCAAGGAGAUCUGCCCAGCAGGGCCUGGCUACCACUACUCUGCCUCUGUCAUCCAGUUCAACCAGAGGUUGCUGGAGCAGUACGGGACUGGAGGUCCACCUGUCAUAUCCCAGAGAACGGGACAGAACAGGCCACAACAACCAGCCAGUAGUGGUGCACAGACUCCCCAAACUAGUCACCAACAAUCUUCAGGCUCUCUCACUCCCCAAACCAGGCCUCAACAACCAGGUAUCACUACUCUGCUCACAACUCCGACCAGACCCCAACAGCCAGGUGGUGGAGGCUCCCUGUCCUCCCAGGGCAGACCACACAUCCCAACCAGCUCUGUUACAGCAGGACCCACCCGGGUGGUGACAGCUCGGCCCCCCACUCAGACCCAAUGGCCUCCAGUUGACCGACGGCCAGUAUCUCCAGUGAGACCCGCCCAGCCCCUCCCAUCUCUGGUCACGCCCCGCCCACCCAUCCCCAGGCCAGUGCGUGGUGUGUGUGAGACCAUGCCCCAGGUGUGUGGACAGGGCCGUUGUGUGGACCAGCCCGGAGGGAGACAUACCUGCAUCUGUAACGAGGGAUACCAACUCAACGCUCAGCAGACUCGGUGUCAAGACAUAGACGAGUGCACGGCGUCUUCUCCGCCCUGCGGAAGCGGCCGCUGCCAGAACACAGAAGGGGGCUACAGGUGCAGCUGUCCCUCUGGAUACCAGCCGGGACCCCAGGGCACCAGCUGUAUAGAUGUCAAUGAGUGCCUCCGCACCCCCAGUCCCUGUUCCGUUGGGGAGUGUGACAAUACACCAGGCGGCUACAGGUGUGUGUGUCCUGCUGGUUUCAGAGCCAACUUCAAACAGACGCAGUGUCAAGAUAUUGACGAGUGUCGGCAGGUUCCGAACCCCUGUAACAACGGCCGCUGUGAGAAUAUCCCUGGUAGCUUCAAAUGUGUCUGCCGCACUGGGUACAAGCUAGAGGGCAACACAUGUAAAGAUGUGGAUGAGUGUGAGGACCCCUUGAGGUGUCCUGUUCAGGCCUGUGUCAACUCUCCAGGAUUAUACAAGUGUGUGUCUUGCCCGCCAGGCUUUGGCCUGCUCAACGAGCAAUGCUCAGAUGUUGACGAGUGCCGUCAGACCCCCAGCCUUUGCACCAAUGGUCGUUGUGAGAACACUCCUGGGAGCUACAGGUGUGUUUGCCACACAGGAUACAAACUGCAAGGCAAGACCUGCACAGAUGUGGAUGAGUGUGAGGACCCUUUGAGGUGUCCUGGUCAGGCCUGUGUCAACUCUCAGGGUUCUUACAACUGUGUGUCCUGCAAGCCAGGCUUCAGCAUGAUCAAUGGACAAUGCUCAGAUAUAGAUGAGUGUGGUCAGACCCCCAGCCCGUGCACCACCGGUCACUGUGAGAACACCCAGGGUAGCUACAGCUGUGCGUGUCUCACUGGCUACAGACUACACGGUGAUACCUGUAGAGACGUGGAUGAAUGUGCAGACCCGUCCCAGUGCCCUGGCCAGGAGUGUGUGAACUCCCUGGGCUCAUACAAGUGUGUGUCCUGCAAGCCAGGCUUUGGGCUGGUCGACAGACACUGCACAGAUGUUGACGAGUGCCUCCACAUCCCCACUCCCUGUGCUUACGACCGUUGUGAGAAUACGGCUGGAAGCUACAAGUGUGCGUGCCGAUCUGGCUUCAGGCUACAGGGCAACACCUGCGGAGAUGUGGAUGAGUGUGAGAACGCUCUGCAGUGUCCUGGUCAGGAGUGCAUCAACUCUGAGGGCUCCUUCAAAUGUGUGGCAUGUAGCCCAGGCUUUGAGGCUGGAAACGGACAGUGUACAGAUAUCGAUGAGUGUCGCCAGACCUCCAACCUAUGUGCCAACGGUCGCUGUGAAAACACCCCGGGUAGCUACCAGUGUGUUUGUCGCACCGGGUUCAAACUACAGGACAGCAUCUGUAUUGACAUUGAUGAAUGUGAAGACCCCUCACAGUGUCCUGGGCAACGGUGUGUGAAUUCUGAAGGCUCCUACAAGUGUGUCGCCUGCAAAGCUGGCCACGGUAUGCAAGAUGGGUUAUGCGCAGAUGUGGAUGAAUGCCAGAGCCCUGACACCUGUGGUGUAGCGAGGCUGUGCGUGAACACGGACGGCUCCUACCGCUGUGACUGUCAGCCAGGCUACAGAACCGCUGGCCUCGGACGCCAGUGUAGAGACGUCAAUGAGUGUCUAGAGGGGGAGUACUGCUUCCCAAAGGGAGAGUGUGUGAACACAGAGGGCUCCUACCGCUGUGUGUGCUCCCAGGGAUACACCACCAGCAGCAACGGAAGCUCCUGCCUGGAUGUGGAUGAGUGUGCCAGGUCAGGCCCGGGGGCGUGCCAGGAUGGGCGCUGUGUCAACACAGAGGGCUCCUACCAGUGCCAGUGCCAAGUGGGAUUCACCACCAACCCAGAGAAGACAGCCUGUCUGGAUGUAGAUGAGUGCUCAGAGGGAGCAGUGUGUCGGUCACAACGUUGUGAGAACACCAUUGGCUCCUACCGCUGUAUCACCUCCUGUGAGCCGGGCUACCGGGUCACCCGCACCGGAGAGUGCGUCGAUAUCAAUGAGUGUGCCAAUGAAACUGUAUGCGGGGAGCAUGCAUUCUGCCAGAACCUAAUUGGAACAUACCAGUGCAUGUGUGACCAGGGCUACACAGCCACCAGCGAUGGGAAGGGAUGUGUGGAUGAAAACGAGUGUGAGACUAUGCAGGGCGUGUGUGGCGCGGCGCGCUGUGAGAAUGUGGAUGGUUCCUUCAUGUGUGAGUGUCCAGGAGAGGGGGAGGAGUUUGAUACGCGCUCAGGACAGUGCCUCAGCACACCCCGACCAGGUCGUCCAGCAUUCCCUGGCGGCGGCUCCUCUUCUUCGUCUUCCUCCACCACCGGUCUCGGUCCCCAGCGUUGGCUCGAUGCGUCCCAGCUGCCCCCUGCCCGGCCUGGCGAGUUGAGGGAGUGCUACUACAACACCGAGGAGCAGAGCUCGUGCAGCGUGCUGGCCCGCAACACCACCCAGCAGGAGUGCUGCUGCACCGUGGGCCAGGGCUGGGGCAUGGGCUGCCAGUAUGACCCCUGUCCUCAGCUAGGCACAGCCGAGCACCAGGCGUUGUGCCCCAGCGGACGAGGAUAUGUUACCGGGCCAGGAGCAUUUAGCUACAAAGAUGUGGAUGAGUGUAAGCUGUUCCACCCUGAGGUGUGUAAGAGCGGUGUAUGUGUCAACAACAUCCCUGGCUACUCCUGCUACUGCACCAUUGGCUACUACUACGACGACGUGUUUCUGGAGUGCAUCGAUGUUGAUGAGUGUGAGGCAGGGGAGGACAGCUGUCCAGGGGGAAUCUGCCUCAACAUAUUAGGCUCAUACUUCUGUUCCUGCGAGCCCCCUCUUGUGUUGGACGACACUCGGCGCAGCUGUGUCAAUUCCACUGGCCUCGCCGUGGAUGAGAACCUAUCGUUCUGCUGGGAGUAUGUCACAGCAGACCUAGUGUGUCAGAGCCCCCUGCUGGGCAGACAGGUCACCUUCACUGAGUGCUGCUGUCUGUAUGGAGAGGGCUGGGGACUGCAGUGUGCUCUGUGUCCUGCCAGAGACUCAGAGGACUAUGACGCUCGCUGUAACGUCUUCCUGAGGCUCCCAGAGUUCCCUCCCCCCUUCCCUGACCGCUACGGGCCGGACCCAGGGCCAGGACCCGGCAGAGGAGGAGGAGUGGGGUAUCGCGUGCCCUAUGGACCGGACUCCUUCCCAGACCCCAUCCCCCGCAGGCCUGAGUACCCCCAGCCUGACUAUGACGACUACACACCACCAGGGGGCAGCAGGUCUGGCUUCAGAAGCAGAACGCCCAGCACGUUCAGCGUCCCAGAGAGCCCAUACAGACGGCCCUCAGGAUACAUUCCUGAGCGGCACUAUGACGAGGACGACUACGGCCCGCCUGAUGCUCCUCCGAGACCCCAUUUCCGGACCCUCCCAGACCCUCGUUCUGAGCUUGCCUUUGGGGCGCGACCCCUUCCCCCCAGCCGAGAGGGCCUCCCUCUGAGUCUGGCCCCCCUCCCGGACAGUGACCCCUAUAGUGAGGAGGAGAGGCCAGAACCCUGGCGUGUGGGACCCCCUUUCCCUCCGUUCCCUGACAGACAGGGGCCAGGUGGUGGUGGUGGUGGCCCACGGAGAGUCUAUGAGAGACGAUAUGAGCCGUAUGCAGGCCUGAGCACAGAGGACUGUGGGAUACUGCACGGCUGUGAGAACGGCAGGUGUAUCCGGGUGGCGGAGGGAUACACGUGUGACUGCUACGAGGGCUACGAGCUGGACAUGACCUCCAUGGCCUGCAUAGACAUCAAUGAAUGUGUGGAUCCUGACAACGCGUGUGCGAACGGCCAAUGCAUCGACACAGACGGCUCCUAUCGCUGUGUGUGUCACCGAGGCUACGUCAUGUCUCGUCGGCCCAACCGCUGUGUGGCGGCAUAACACAGCUACUACUUUGAACAUUGUCUUCCCCCACUCAUCAGUCCUAUCUGCUACUGGGGAAGUGUUACAUCUGGCCUAUACACGCUCUGUCAGGGGCUCACGAAAGUACCUGUCCAUUUUCUGACCUGAGAGAAAAGCUGAGAGGGUUGUUCUCUGAAGAAAACGUCAACUUACUAACUGACGUACAGUGUCUGAGAUAGAUUUGAGUCCAUAGAACUCUGAUAUUAAUACGGUUUGAGUUCUAUACAGCACACACAACUCAUUAUACAUACACAUGAGCUCAACUAAGCACAGACACUCGAGACUGCUAUUUUAAGCAGGUAAAUAAAUAUGUCCAUUGGCCAAACCUUUCCUUUGAUGUUGAAAUGCAUAGUUGUGAAAAAGAGGUUAACGUACAUUGUGCAGAAUCCUAACGAUAAGAACACGUAUCUAAAGGUAGGAUCCAGCCCAUUGAGAUUGCUCACUUUGAGCUCGAUCAUGAUCAACACACCGUGUUCUAUGUCUAGACCUGAGGCAGACAGGAACCAUUGAAUGGAGCCAGUGUAGUCUCUAAGAUAAAGACGACAAGCUACCGCCACAGACGAGCAGAGCCUUUGUCUAAGACAGAAUCUCUGUCUGUGGAUGUUUUGUUAACGAACGCUCUCUUCAGCUGGAAUGUACAGAAAACACAUCACGACAUCGCUGAACCAAAUGUCUAUUCCUCUAAAAUGUCAGUGACUUGUAUUCUCUCCAUUUGUUGAUUUUACAAGCCCACUGAUGUUUAUGAUUGCUUCUUGUAUUAAUUUAUGCUGUUUAAAGUUAAGUUGCUCUUUAUGUAUUGAUAACUUUUAUUAUUUUAUAGAAAUGUAUAUGCGGACGAGGAAGCUACACAUCACUGACGUGUCUGUACAUUUACUUCUUUAGACUUUUGUAGCCAAUUUGGAUUUUUUUUUUUUUUACAUGAGAAUCGAAUGUACCUGAAAACUGAUAUAAGAUAGUUGACUUUGUAUUCACAAUUUGAAAUGUUGUUUGUGUGAUCAAAACACAAUCAGUGAUAAAAUACCAUGUACAUAUUUACAAUUGAGAACUUUUUUACCAAAUGGUAUCUGUUUCAGUGAGUAGAACCUUCUCUGUAAAUGUUCCUACUUCCUGAUGUAGUUUACAAGCUGAAACAAACCCGAAAGCAUUUCCACCUUUCAGCACCUAAAGAUGUAUAACACUAUGCACUGUAUUUGUGGAUGACGUAGCUGUUGUGUACUUUUUACUCACAACUUUGUACAUUUUUUAAAUUUGUUUCAGGUAUUUGUUAAUUGUUUUGUCAGUGAUUUUUGUAUCAUUAUUGCUAUGAAAACUAUUUGAAAAUAUAUUUGCACACUUUCCA